AUGCUUUUAUCCACUUGGACAUCGACACACUCUUGGUACCGUACUUCUUACUUUGUUAGUACUAGUGCUUAGUUUUUAGAGAACCGACCAGCUAAAGGCUGAGCUGACUUAUGUUUGUACUUUGCAAACUCAAAACUUUACAAAUAUUUGCAAGUUCCCAAGUUCCAUCUCCUCACUGUAUAUAUAUAUGCAUGAUUGGUAAACCCCCCCACCCCAAACAAACGCAACCUAAAUGACUAAUCCUUAUAACAAAACUCCAAAUAAAACACAACAUACGACAACGCAUUCACUACACCACACCUGUAAACCCGCACGUGUCAUUGACUUCCCUUUGACUCUCCCUUUAGAAGCUUCGAAAAUUCAGUGUUGCUUACAAGCCCUAAUCCUUCCAAUUUCUUGCUCCCAUCACACUUGCAUACUUAAUUCUCCUAAAUUCAACCCCAUUUUUCUUGAUUACAUUACUUCUUCAUUAGCUCAGAAUUUGGUUACCCAGGAUAUAAUGAGCGCAUACAGUGGAUGUUGCUUCUGAAAUCAGCUUUGUUAAUGGAUUGAGCCGAGGUGCUCUUUAUCCUAUUGAUUUCAUGGUACUUUUCCUGAUUAUUUAACUGCUUCUGUUCAGUGUUAAAGUGAAUACGGGAAUGAGAAUGCCCAUAAAUCGGGUUUGCCCCCGAAUUGACACUUACCAGCUGAAGCUUCGGAUUGAAAAGAAGAUUGGUCAACAAAGGGCAGAGAAAUAUUUUACUGCAUUAAGCAAAUACUUGAGUCUAAAGCUUAGCAAGGCAGAGUUUGAGAAGUUCUGCAUUGGAUUGUUGGGGAGAGAUAAUAUCUGCCUUCAUAAUGCACUUAUUCGAGCAAUUAUAAAAAAUGCUUGUACUGCCAAGACACCUCCGCCAAAAGAUGGCAUGAUGCAGGCUUCAUUUCAUGUCAAAGUUCCAAAUGGAUAUCAAAGAGGCACUCUCCAGUCACUAUGCAGGGAUGCGUUUCCUCAGUCUCCUAGAAAGGGGAGGACUCCUACUCUUCGUGAUCGCAAAUUCAAGGACCGGCCAUGUCCUCCACAGCCUCAUUGGAAAACUGCUGCUUCUGAAGAUAAUUCACCAAAAGCAAGAGAGCAUCAAAGUGCUACUGAGUUGCUAUCAUUGGGUAGCAUUCAUGGUAGAAGCUGUGUAACUGCUCCCCUUGGUAUCUCCCUGAAUGCUAGGGGAACACCGAAACUGGUAUGUCACAGAUCAGCGUCAUCCCCUUUACACGGUAUUGAAAGUUGUAAUAGCACUCGUGAGCUGCCUGACUCCAACUUUCUAAAGAAAUGGUUGGAACGGAAGUCGGAGACAGAAGGCCUACAGAUAUCAACAGAUGCCAUAAAUGUGUUGAAUUAUGGGCUCGAUGUUUUCUUAAAGAGAUUAAUAAAACCUUGUUUGGAUUUAGCAGGCUCAAAAUCACAACCCAAGCGCAUCCAUGAUCAAGCUGUAUCAGUUUCAAAUAAAACGAGGCCCACAAAAUACAUUCAGGGACCAAGUGAUCUCUUUUCUGCUUCAAUGCUGGACUUUCGCUCUGCAAUGGAGUUGAAUCCUAGGAUACUAGGGGAAGAUAGCCGAAUACAGCUUGAGAAAGUUUCCUUGCAUACGUAUGGAGAAUCAUUGAUCGAUUAGUGCAUUGAUAAGGGUAUGACUGCAACUUCAAGUUCAUCUGGGAGUGAUGAAUUGAGUUGUGAUUUUUAGAGUUGGUCAAACAGUGAUGCGGAUUCAGUUUAUACAGGCAGUAGUAAAGCUUCGACGUCGUAUAGAGCUACUCAAUUUUUUUAUCAAGGUUAGGUUGUGUAUACAUCUAAGAGCUGAUUAUUUCUAAAUUGAGAGUUGUUAUUACCUCAUAAAGUAGCAAGAUAUCUAUACUUAUAAGAGGCUAUCCGUUGCAAAUAGAAUUAAGCAAGCUUCUUUAACUGAUGUUAUAGUGUUUUAUGUAACUGACGGCUGUUUGUUAGUAAAGUUUUUUUUUUGUC